CUUCCUAUCGCACUGACUGGGGUUGCCAGAUCGGGUGCGCAAUUUUCAGUACAUCGCAAAAUACAGCAGUAGUUAAAUAGAUGUUCUAUACAGCGGGACCAUGAGUGGGAUAGGACGCUCUUUACUAACCACUGGAGGUAACACCGCAGCUAACAGGAGAGCAGAGCCGUGCCCUGACACAACUGAUAUGGCACACGUGUGUGAACACAUGUCCACAGACUGGAGAGCGUUUGUGGAGGAGAGGCUGAGUGGGGAAGCUGAGGGCAUAUUUGUGCUGUUGAAGACCACCAUAGUAAACUUAGAGGAGGAGCUGCGCCGCUCCAAACACGAGAACCAGCGGCUCCAGCGGCUCCUGAACUCGGCUCUGAAAGCUCUGAGCCCGAGAGUCGUGCUUGUCAGAGCCGCUGUCCAGCUCCCCUCUCUGAGCACUGGUCUGAUUCCACACAUUAAAGGAGAACAAGAGGAAGAUCAGCUUCAAGUGUCUGUCCCAGAAUGUAGUACUGUGAGUGUGAAGACAGAAGAGUCCUCGCUGCUUCAACAAAGACAAACUCAGCAGAGAGAGGACAUCAGAGCAGAGACACAUGUACACAGAGAGGACAAACAAGGACAGGACAUCAGAGCAGAGACACACAUCCACAGAGAGGAUGUCCACUCAGAGACUGAGGGAGACAAAGAGCGCCCUUGUGACACUAACAGUGAUGAAGACUGGAGAGCUCCACUCAGCUGUUCACCUGCACACAUGGACACCGGGGCUGAUGGAGAUCACCACAACCAAGUCCAGAAAAGAGCCAGAAGCACCACUGCACAAAACUCACGUCUGUCCCCAAAAUACAAGUCUGCACCCGAGACCAGAGCCACUGUGAGCAAUGGAGACAUGUCAGGAAGUGGUGAAGGAGCUGAGAGCAGGACAUACAAGUGCUCUGUUCUUAAAGAGAGAUUUGAGUCUAAAUAUAAACUACAAAAACACAGGAGAGUUUACAUAGGCGAGAAACCAUUCAGCUGUUCGGUUUGUAAGAAAACAUUUACCCGAAAGGAUAAUCUCAAACCACAUAUGACGACACACACAGGGGAGAAACCAUUCAGCUGUUCAGUUUGUAAGAAAACAUUUGCCCGAAAGGCUUAUCUUGAAACACAUAUGAGGACACACACAGGGGAAAAAUCAUUUGGGUGUUCAGUUUGUAAGAAAACAUUUGCCCGAAAGAUGACUCUUGAAACACAUAUGAGGACACACACCGGGGAGAAACCAUUCACCUGCCCAAGUCUGUAGGAAAAACUUUGCUGAUAGUUCUAAUUUCAAAAAACAUACGAGAGUACACCAUGGACUGCAUACAUAAAUGGACAUAGGUAACCCACUACUCACCAUGUUCCAAAUAGGAAGUUAAUGUGCAGCACUUCUGGCUCCUUCUGACCCUGGCUCCCAUUGAUUUAUAUUGUAAUCUUGGGGCCCCUCUCUCUGUAACUCCUGCUGUGAGCCUCGUCAUUUGGUCUUAAAAUGUUUGUAUUAACCCGCUCUACAGGAUCCUGGGUUUUUUUCUGCUAUUUUGUUUAUUAAAAUCCCUGUCACACA